GGGACAACAUAACCUCGAAAAGCGGAUAGAUAACCCGCUAUCUACGGAUGAACUGUCAAUUCCGGUGUGCAGAGGGGCGUGUUUUGCGACCGUCAGUAUAGGCCGGGGAAAUUCGUGUAGACUGACCAGAGUCCGCGAAUUUCCGCGAGUGAUACACGGUGCCCACACGAUCGCCCGAUACGCCCGGAAUCAAGUCAAGUCGACAUCGGCGACCGCGCCCGUCGAGCGCAACCAACACUGUCCGCUGAUUCACUGAGCCGCUGGCCCCCCACGGCAUAUUCUCUCGUCGUUUCGCUUGUGUUAUAUAGUUUUUGCGCGCGACCGUCCUGAGGCGUUACCUUCCGCAAGCAGCGAGCACGAAAUGACGGAGGCCCAUAACUUCGGUGUCGAAGCCAUCAGUUGUCACGCGUGGAACAGAGAUAGAACAGAGGUUGCCAUUUGUCCCAAUAACAAUGAGAUACAGGUGCACAAGCGCACUUCGUCCGGCUGGAAGCUGCUGGAAACCCUGGAGGAACAUCACAUGACCGUUAUGGGAAUUGACUGGGCGCCAAAGACCAAUCGCAUAGUCACCUGUUCCGCGGACAAGAACGCGUACGUGUGGACUCAGAAGGAAGAUGGCAAGUGGGAUCCCGCGUGGGUUCUACUGCGAAUAAAUCGGGCUGCUACAUGCGUAAAGUGGUCUCCUCUAGAAAACAAAUUUGCUGUGGGCUCCGGUGGACGAGUUAUAGCUAUUUGUUACUUUGCGUCAGAGAAUAAUUGGUGGUUAUGUAAACACAUAAAGCGUCCAUUGAGGUCCACAGUGACCACUGUGGAUUGGCAUCCGGAUAACAAGGUCCUGGCUGCGGGAUCUACGGACUACAAGGUCCGUGUUUUCAGUGCAUUUAUCAGUGAUAUGGAGGAAGGUCCUGGGAACAGUCCUUGGGGACAGAGUAGUUCCUUAGGAACAUUGGCUGAGUUUCCUAAUACACCCAAUGGAGGUGGCUGGAUACAUUCGGUAGCGUUCAGUCCGUGUGGCAAUAAAAUCUGUUGGGUGGCGCACAAUUCGUCUAUAUGUGUCGCUGAUGCUACUAAAGGAAACGCAGUCGUGAGAUUGUAUACAGAGCAUUUACCGUUUUUAAGUUGCGUUUGGAUAGGAUCUAAUAACAUUGUUGCUGCGGGGCAUAGCUGUAUGCCGAUGUUAUAUUCCGUUGACGAUAACGGACAAAUAUAUUUUGUGUCCAAGCUGGACAACACGCAGAAAAAGGAGAUUGCUGGAUUGUCCGCAAUGCGAAAGUUUCAGUCGCUGGACCGGCAAGCGAGGAACGAGACGAACGAUAACGCAUUGGACAGUGUGCAUCAAAAUACGAUCAACUGCGUACGUCGGGUAUCCGAUCAUGAAUUUAGCACAAGCAGUUUAGAUGGACAACUUGUAGUUUGGGACUUAAAGCUUUUAGAGAAUUCCAUUGCUGGUCUCAAGAUAGCGUAAGCAUGAAACUUUUUUUAUAUUGCGAAGAUCAGAGAUAUUACAUCCAAUACAACGAUGUAUAAAUGUUAAAAUAAAAAUGCUAUACAAAUUUCUUAUUGAUCA